AUGUCACAAAGCACUCCCUAUUUCCGCCCCUCCACCCACGCCCAAGGGCUAGCCAAUUACCCUCAUGCCCGGACAGUGCGAUCCCCCGAUGGAAAAGGCGCGUACAUCUAUGUUUCCGGGACAUCUUCAAGACGCGGAGAUGGUACAUUCGUCGGUGCCACUUCCAAUUCAAACGGCACCACCACCCUCGACAUUAGACAGCAGACCGCAGCUGUGCUCUCGAACAUCGACGAAAUUAUCCAAGGUGCCUCGAACGGCCGGGCAAGCAUUCGGGAUGUUGUCGAUGCGACCGUUUUUCUGACAAACAUGAAGGAUGACUAUUCUGGAAUGAAUGCUGAGUGGAAUCAGAUCUGGUCCGAUCGCAAUACUGCACCGGCGAGAACGACGGUCGAGGUGCGAGCUUUGCCAAGGGAUGAAAUUAUCGUCGAGAUCAAGUGUACAGCUUAUUAUGUAUAA